AUAGAGCCAUAAGAUUGGCGUUAUCUGUUCUCUGGGGUAGGAUUGGACUUUCAGGGGGUCUCAUUCCUUCCCCUUUUCACUCUCCUUUUGCCAGGUAGGAGGAGGGAGUGACCAGACCUAGGACGGGAGGCAGAGGUAGUUGUGGUGUUGACUCUUUUCCUUUAAAAGUCCUAGGCCUGCCGUGCGCAGACUUCCCAGACGCUCUUGAGGUGGCUUCCGACUCUACCCUUCUUGUCUUCCGGUUCUGGGCUCGGGCUGUAGCAUUUAAAUCUGGCGCGCUUCACUUGGAUUGGCUACAGCCGAGACUGGCUGGCUGUCGGCUAGUCUCUGCGCCUCCUCGCCCGUUCCCCGGGCAAAAGGUUUUCAAAUUCGACCAAUCGUCGGACGCGUUCCCUCAGCGGAGGCGCGUCACCGAAGAGUUAACCGCAGCCAACCAGAGGCGGGUAUUAGAGAAAAGAGCCAAUCAGGAGGGCGCGGGGGUGUGCCCUGAGGGGCUUAUAAGGGCGGCCCCUGGGCGCGCGCGGAAGCGUUAGACUGCGGCGGGUGGUAGUUCCUCUGUUUUGUUAGCCCUUCUCCUCACCGCUCCUCUACCUCAUACAGCAUGUCGGGCCGCGGCAAGACCGGCGGCAAGGCCCGCGCCAAGGCCAAGUCGCGCUCUUCGCGAGCGGGCCUCCAGUUUCCCGUGGGCCGCGUGCACCGGCUGCUGCGGAAGGGCCACUACGCCGAGAGGGUGGGCGCCGGAGCGCCGGUCUACCUGGCGGCGGUACUCGAGUACCUCACCGCUGAGAUCUUGGAGCUGGCGGGCAACGCGGCCCGCGACAACAAGAAGACGCGGAUAAUCCCCCGCCACCUGCAGCUGGCCAUCCGCAACGACGAGGAGCUCAACAAGCUGCUGGGCGGCGUGACGAUCGCCCAGGGAGGCGUCCUACCCAACAUCCAGGCCGUGCUGCUGCCCAAGAAGACCAGCGCCACCGUGGGGCCGAAGGCGCCCGCGGGCGGCAAGAAGGCCACCCAGGCCUCUCAGGAGUACUGAGGGCGCCCGUGCCGCCACCGCCCGGCCCUCCCCUCUACACCACAAAGGCCCUUUUAAGGGCCACCACAGCGCUCACGGAAAGAGCUGGGCCACUUCAGGCUCCGGGCCGGGCGGCCGCGCGCUCGCCCCUUCCCGGCCCGCCCCUCCCCCCGCGGCUCGCUCCCGCCGAGGCUCGGCGGAGGGCGUGCGUUCGAACGCCGCCCGGCCCUGCGAGCGAGCUCGUGACUCUGCCGGCUUGGCCCCAGAAUGCCGAUGGGCUGCGGGGAGGCCGCGGCAUCUUCCGGAAGGCUGGGCCGGCCGAGCUGACGCAGGGCCGGGGAGUGCGGGAGGAAGGUGAGUCGGUGCGGACGGUCGCCGGCGAGGCCGUGUGCUCUGCUACAGCUCGGUGCUUCGGACUGGACUCGAUUGCCGCCGCCGGCGGAGUCAAUCGGUCGCUUCAUUUCGUCCCGGGACCCCUUUUGCUGCCGGAUCCCGGGCCCCGCAGGUCCGCGCUCCCUCCAUCUUCAUUCGCAGGCCUGUGCGCGUCCCGGAAGAAACCCUUCGCGGCGUGAGCGUCUCCAACGGUAGCCGGGCUUGGGCGGCGUGGGGUCUGCGGGAGCCCUGCCCCCGGGCCCGCCCCUCCUCCCCGCUCCCUUCCCGGCGGGUCCACUCCGCCAGCCAAGCACCUAGAUACCAGCACAAGUCCGUUAAUCCCCGUCUGGACUGAGCCGCCUUUGGCUUCGGAACUGGAAUUUUGCAGCUAACGCAUUCAAAACUAGUACUUUAGGUAUUGGGGGGAGUUUCAGAUGGACUAAUUUUAUUAAAGGGUUGUUUUUUUCCUAAAGAAAA